GCCAGCCUCGAAGCGCUCCGCUGGGGCCCGACCCGGGUCCGAGCUGCAGAAGCCCCGCCUCUCGGGCCUUGGGACUAAUCGGGUUGAGAGCGCGCCGGCCCGGGCGCGAACUCGCCAAUUACGAAGGGCGGCGGUCACCGCCCAAUCCGAAGCAGACAGGUGCGAGGUCCUGAAGGCGGAGGCCAAUCAGCAGCGGUUGCGGCCUGCAGGGGCAGGUCUUGGCCAAUAAGGAGGCUGGAGUGACAGCUCUGCCUGCCAAUCGGGAGUAAGAAUCCUUCGUGCCCCGCCUGUCCUUCCGGCCGGAGCUCUAUUUACCAGGGGCGUGCGGCUCGUUUGCCAAUCAGAGUGCAGCUGAGCGGCCGGACAGCCAACCCCGAAGAGCGGCCGGCUGGCGUCCGCCGCACCCAGGAGUUGGGGAUGUCCUACAAACCCAUCGCGCCCGCCCCCAGCAGCACCCCCGGCUCCAGCACCCCUGGUCCAGGUACCCCAGUCCCUACAGCCGGAAGUGUCCCAUCGCCAUCCGGCUCAGUGCCAGGAGCCGCUGCUCCUUUCAGACCACUGUUUAACGACUUUGGACCGCCGUCUAUGGGCUAUGUGCAGGCAAUGAAACCACCCGGCUCCCAGGGUUCCCAGAGCACCUACACGGACCUGCUUUCGGUCAUAGAAGAGAUGGGCAAAGAGAUCCGGCCCACCUACGCUGGUAGCAAGAGUGCCAUGGAGCGCCUGAAGAGAGGCAUCAUCCAUGCUCGGGCACUAGUCAGAGAGUGCCUGGCAGAGACAGAGCGAAACGCCCGCACGUAACAGUAAGCAUCUUGGCCUUCUCAUCAGGACCCUUCCGGCCACUGCAGAGCACCUGCUUUUCCCUGGCCUUGGCCCCGAGUUGAUUCCUAUCCUGGGCUUCCUGUCCUGUGUCCCUUGGUGGGUACCCUACAGGAACCAGAGAGCUGCUCUCCCUCCCGUUGACAACACAAACUGGGCUCCUCCCCCUGCAGGAGUUAGCAGCAAGGCCACUGUGAGUCCCACCCGUGACCUGCCCACAGUGUUGAUCCAAUUGAAGCAUUCUCCUCCGUGAUCUACCACUCUGCACUCCUCACCAAUUUGAACGUAGUCCUCCUUACCGCAGCAGGGGUGUAUAAGGCCAGUUACCUCCCGGGGCCAUAGCGACUCUUUUACUCGGUAUAUCUUUUGCUAAACAUGCCCUUUUUAUAUAAAUAAAAGAUGAUUUGGA